AUGACGGAUGUGGAGGCGACCUUCGUGGACUUCAUCGCUUCCCAACGAUCCGGUCGUCGGAACGCCGUCCACGAGAUCCCAUCGGCCCCGGACGCGCAGGGACCCACCGACCUGGCGCAGGGUUUGGGGAAGCUCAGCAUCAACAAGUCAGGCUUUCGGGUCGAAAGCUUCACAGGCACCAAACUGACCGUUACCCCGUCCCCCUUUCUGUCCCCGCCAGGUGAUGGGGAAGAGGACGGUGAGAAAAAGCAGGACUCUGCAGCUGAAGAAGAGGCGUCUCAAGCCAAAGGCAGCUAA